AUGCACACGAUUAUCACUAUUCGGACGACGAGUCAUUCCACCACCCUUCUUGGCCUAAACGCUGGACUCAUCCGGAGUUUAUGGUUUCUCAUGAUGAACGCCGAGCACGUUGGAUUCAGCAGCCCUAGUGGAAAGAUAACGAUCGGUUUUAUUAUUUAUCGCACUGUCUAUACCCCGAAAUCAGAUAAAGAGAUCGAUUAUAUCGACGGAAAGCCGUACGAUAGCCAAGACCCUUUCCCCGAAACCAUCAUCAAGGAGACAUAUAAGAGCGUUAUUCUUGAAGAUCGAGAGCGCUAG